AUGGAUCAGAGCAACCUUUAUCUGCACAAGUUUUACACCCAGCUGGGCCACUACCCACUCCACGGCAUCGGCGUGCAUCCGAGCAAGCUGCCCGCCUUGCACAGCCACAAGCCGGAGCAGAUCGAUGAGCUGGUCGCUGUGGAGUUGCAGCACCUGAAGACGCACUAUGCGGACGAGGAGCAGCGCUACGUGGACCAAAUGCUCAUCGAGAAUCCCAUUGUGGUGGAGCGACGUGCACCACCAACCACCAAGCCGCAGGCCACACAGGUCCAUCCCAUGCAGACGAAGACGCAGAGCCAGACCUCGACUGGUGGCAACAGCCGUGAUGCACAGCGUCAGCGGGCAGAGUCCUGUCGCAAGUCGCGCUACAACAACAAGAUCAAGAAGGCCAAACUGCGCUUCCGCCACAAGUUCGUCUGCAGCCAGCUGACGGAGAGCGCGGGCGCACUGGACUACAUGCGCGACGUGAUCGCCCAGGCGGAGGCGCAGCUCAUGGCGCGCGGCUUCAGUCGAGUCGCCCUGGAGCGCAUGCGUCAGAACUUCGGCGUGGAUCGCUGUGGUGCAGCGUUAGCCACCAACAUGGACCACUGA